AUGGCUUGGAGGAACCACAGCACCAUCACUGAGUUUAUUUUCAUUGGCCUUUCUGAUGAUCCCUGCAUUGAAGCUCUGCUCUUUGUACUGUUCCUGGGGAUUUACCUCCUGACCACGAUAGGGAACCUGAUGCUGCUGCUGGUGAUCAGAGCUGACUCCCACCUCCACACCCCCAUGUACUUCUUCUUGAGUAAUCUAUCAUUUGUGGAUCUCUGCUUCUCCUCUGUCACUCUGCCCAAGCUGCUAGAAGACCUCCUAUCUGAGAAGAAAAUCAUCUCAAUAGAAGGCUGCCUGACUCAGGUCUUCUUUGUGUUUUUAUCUUCAGGAACUGAAGCCUGUCUGCUCUCGGUGAUGGCCUAUGACCGCUAUGCUGCCAUCUGUCAUCCACUGCUCUAUGGCCAGGUGAUGAGCAAUGAGCUCUGUGUGAGACUGGUGUUAGUCUCAUGGGGUGUGGCCUCUCUCGAUGCAUUCAUCAUUGUGCUCUUGGCUGUUAACCUAGACUUCUGUGAGGCCCAAACCAUACACCACUACACCUGUGAGCUACCUGUUCUUUUCCCCCUGUCUUGUUCAGAUAUCUCCAUCGCUACCAAUAUCCUGCUCUGUGCCACCUUAUUGCAUGGGCUUGGAACCUUUAUCCCAAUCUUCUUCUCCUAUGCCCGUAUUGUCUCCACCAUCAUAAGCAUCAGCUCCACCACAGGCAGAAGCAAAGCCUUCUCCACCUGCUCCUCCCACAUCAUUGCAGUAACCUUGUUCUUUGGUUCUGGUAUUCUUUGCUAUCUUAUGCCCCCCUCUGGUUCCUCCCUGAAUUUGCUCUUGUCUUUGCAGUACAGUACAGUUACACCCAUGUUGAAUCCCCUCAUCUACAGCCUAAAAAACAAGGAGGUGAAGGCAGCUGUGAAUAGGACAUUGAGGAAGUAUCUAUGUUUUAGGUAA